AUGGAUCGAAAAUUGAGUGAUUCUUCGCUGAUAAUAUCAAUUUUGACAAGUUAUAUGACACGAAGUGAUCGAAGUUUGGAUGAUGUAAUUGAAUUUUAUCCAGAACAAACGAAUGUUAUAAAAGAAACGGGAAAAGAGAUAGUCACACGUCCCAAUAUGUAUAAAAUUAUGACAUCUUUGAAUAGUAUGUCAAAAAUGGAACAGGAAAAUGCGAGGAAAGAAGAGGAAUGGCGUAAAUGGGUUGAUGAUCAUUUCAUUCCUUUGAUAGUACCGAAUGUGUAUCGUUCAUGGAAUGAAUGUAUUGAAACAUUUCGUUGGUUUGGUGAAGCAGGACAGUGGGAUAAAGUGGUACCUGCAUGGGAACGUUAUGCUACCAUUUAUCUUGGUUCAGUAGCCAUGUAUUUUUUGUCGAAAAAACUUCGCAAAAAAUAUGAUGAUGCUGAUGUUCGUCAACUUUUAAUAGAUGCUUGCAAUCAGUGGAUGAAUGCUGUGGGAAAUUCAUCGUUUCUUGGUGGUCAACAGCCUACUUUGGCUGAUUUGGCACUCUAUGGAGCAAUGAAUUCAUUUCUGGGUAGUGCAACAUUUAAUGAACUUUGUGAUAAAACUCAAAUUAAAGCAUGGUUUGAACGAAUGCGUGAAGCAGUUGAUUCGAGAGCAGGAGCAACUUUACUUCAGCAAAGUUGUCACAAGAGACUACAAUCAUAA